GAAGCUAACUUCAUUUUUUUCUUAGGGGUGGUGGCCGCUGUUUUGCUUCAUAGUUCCCACAGAUCAGCCCACGAAAGCAUGGGAAUGUCGCGAGGGAGUUUCUGAGAAAACUUGUGUUAAAGUGCGAGAUAAGUUGCUGUAAGUCUCCCCACGGGCUUCUUCCACAUCCCCGGAGCUCCGCCGCGACACCGAAGGCCGUUAGCGAGCCGCUGUCGGAACGUUUCUCCAGCGAGCAGCGCCGGACAAAGAAAAAAGACACUUGAGCUAACGUUAGCUGGCUCCCGGGCUAACAGCAUUCCUCCAGCCGCGGCGCAAUGCAGGCCAUAAAGUGUGUUGUUGUCGGAGACGGAGCUGUGGGUAAGACCUGUCUGCUCAUCAGCUACACCACCAAUGCCUUCCCUGGAGAGUACAUCCCCACAGUGUUCGACAACUACUCCGCCAAUGUUAUGGUGGACGGGAAGCCGGUGAACCUGGGCCUUUGGGAUACAGCAGGACAAGAAGACUAUGACAGACUCCGCCCACUUUCCUACCCACAGACGGAUGUGUUUCUCAUCUGCUUUUCGCUUGUGAGUCCUGCCUCGUUCGAAAACGUCCGUGCCAAGUGGUACCCUGAGGUGAGACACCACUGUCCCAACACUCCCAUUAUCCUUGUGGGCACCAAGCUGGAUCUGAGAGAUGACAAGGACACCAUGGAGAAACUGAAGGAGAAGAAGCUCUCUCCCAUCACCUAUCCCCAAGGACUGGCCAUGGCCAAAGAGAUUGGUUCCGUCAAGUACCUGGAGUGCUCAGCCCUGACUCAGCGUGGCCUUAAAACUGUGUUCGACGAGGCCAUCCGGGCCGUCCUGUGCCCUCCACCCGUCAAGAAGAACCGGAGGAAGUGCAGCCUCCUCUAAGAUUGCCUCCACUGGAACAGCUACAGGUGGUGAGGGUGGCUAGAGAUACAGGAGAAACACACCAGUAUACACACAAAAACCAUGUACUUCAGAUUCUGUCCUUCCAUAAGUGUAGCUACAACAGUUCUACCAACCGUUUCCAUGAAAAAUUCAGCCUAGAGUCAGAUUUAGGAGAAGGGGUUGGACUAUUAGAGACCCUAGUUCUUUCCUAACCAUGUAUACUGUAUAGACAGGACUAUGAAUUUCUUGAGGCCUUCUAAAAUGGAUUGGAUGUUUUGUAAAACGGACCGUGGAAUGUCUUCAAUUUAUUCUUCCACUGGUUGUCCACCUUUUUUUGUUUACAGUCCUAGUUGUUUGUUUUGAGUGGAAGAAAAAUUUUGCCAAAUACAUCCUGCACAAACGCUGUAUUUUAGCCGAAAAGAAAAACCUUUUGUUCAUUUGUCUCGAACCUUCAAAACACAGCCGACAGUUUGCUGUUGAGACCUGCUGUUCGUUCAGCUCCCAGAUCGACGGCAUUCUCACGUCCCAAGUUCACGUUCUCUUUGCGACGGCAGUUGUGUCAUCGCGCUGUCCGCAAGGAGCUCGAAGUAACCAUCUGUGAAGUUCUUAUUGCCUCGAAUGACUGUUCAUGUACCAUAACCUCUUUGCCAGUAGUCAGUUUUCAGUCCCAGUACGAUUCAUGUUCAUUGAUUCUCACGGAUCGAAUGACGCCUGAAAGAUACUGAAAAUCCAGACUGGAAGAAGGUCUGCAGACACCAACAGUGCUAUUAACCCCCUGAAAAAUCUAAAAGUGUUUUAUGCAUUUGGCUCCAAUUGGACCCGUCACGUUUUAUGGUAUUUUUCUUUCCCCCAGAAGUGUGUCGACUGUAAAAGCUGCCCAGGAGUGCAAAUCUGAAAACUUGAUGACAAAUGGGAUCAGAAAUGUUGAGGUGUUUUGGUGAUGGGGAACAAGAGCACCUUUAAUGCUCUGUGGGCAUUUAUCAGAAACCUUUUUGUGCAGCACAUUUUACUUUCUUUAGCAUCACUACUGGCUGAGCAGUGUCACUAAGAAGAGCAUCUAUGCCUGCUAAUAACAGUAACAAAGCUACUGUCGGUUAUGGUGUAGUAAACCGUGUACUCAUCUUUUUGUUAUAAUCGUGAUUUGACUAUUUUGUAUCUUUCUUCACAGAAGUUACACUCACUCACUGUAUUGUUAAACUAACACUAUGAAUAUCCUUUUGUUUAUUACCUCUACAGUUAACGCUACCUUAAUCUCCCUACAAGCCUAGCUUUUUGUAAUUAAUGCUGACAGCAUGUAUGUGCAUCAUAUACUGAAAACUUAAGAUUAGAAUUGCUACAGUUAUAUUUUUUGCCUAUUUACAAAAUGUAUUUGAACUACUAGAUCAGGGGUUAAGUUCAUCGGUAUUGUACUCAGACAUCAAGCUGUGCUUUAAUUCAAGCCAAUGUUGUGACUCUUUAGUUUUAUGGAUAAAAGCUAUUGUCACUUUUUGAAAGCCAAUAAAUUCCUGUAAAACAGA